AUGUCAAACGGAAGAGUGACGAAGAGACCAGUAAACAGUCUUAUACCACUAGAAUUACUGGAUUCGGAUCCCGCCCACGAACACCUACCUACCCAAGAAAACCCACCCACACCCACCGAACUUCCAAGCGAACCCUCACCGGAAACCUCAGGGCGCCCCAAGCGAAAUCCCUCUAAACAGUACCCGUACAGCCCCGAAGAAAUGGCGAACGAUCCACACGAAUUCAUCGACAAUUUCAUGAACACCUUCAACGAACGAAGUACGAUGUUCGAAGAAUCGGAGCUCCAGCGAAGACUAGAUGUCGUAUAUGCCGAGAUAACGAAGCUUAUUCAACAACGUCACAGAAUCGAAGAGUCAUUCUCACAACUCAAGGAAAAGGCCAGCGUAUUCGACCCAGAUCCAGCAAGAGCGAAACCGCUCUACGACUUAAAAACGAACUUAUCGCGGCUAUUGAACACAUGA